GAGGAGGAGAAAAAAGCAUAACGACUGCAACAGCAUGAGCAAGCCCUCUGCGAAGAGAAACGGGCCAGGCGAUAUGGAAGGGCGGCGCAAGAGCGAGCGAUGAGAUCACAUCCCGCUGCGAUUCUUCGGCGGUUUUAUGCGCUGCUGUGCGGACAGUCUCCGCCGGCCUAGCGAGUCGAUCGGCUGCUUUUGCUGCUUCGAGACACUGAAAGCUUUCUUAGAUACAUCGGCCGGAGGCUGCUCGAGAAGCAACCAUGGAGACGAAGCAUCUGCUCGUCGGGCUGUUGGUCGUCGCGCUUCUGCUAGUCAGCGAUGCUUCUGCUGAGAAAAAGAAGAAGCAUCGUCGAGCGAGGACCACGACAACCGAAGCCAGCGUCGACGACGACGUCAUGAACAUGUUGGAGGGCGACGACAUUGCCGCCGAAGCUGCGGAACAUGCAAAGGAAAGGAAAGCCGAACUCCCGGAAGGCGAUCCUUGCCAGCUCAAGCACUGCGGGGCUGGUCGAGUCUGUCAGCUGACCGAGGACCACGAGGCCAAGUGCGUCUGCAUCGAGCAAUGCGACGAGGAAGCCGAGCCUAGAAGACGAGUCUGCACCAACUACAACGAGACCUUCGGAAGCGACUGCGAAGUUUACCAAGCCAGAUGCUUCUGCGACACCGACGAUCCACGUUGUCGAGGCCCCGACUACCAGCACGUCCACAUCGAGUACUACGGGGAGUGCAAGCGGAUGCCUGCGUGCAAGGAAGAGGACAGGCUCGACUUCCCUCGUCGCAUGCGCGACUGGCUGUUCAACAUCAUGCGCGACUUGGCCGACCGUCAGGAGCUGCCGCAUUACUACAUGAAGAUGCAGCGCGAGGCUGAAUCGAAUCACACGCUACGUUGGUCCAACGCGGCGAUCUGGAAGUGGUGCGACCUCGACGGUCAUCCACACGACAGAGCUGUCUCCAGACACGAGCUCUUCCCCAUCAGGGCACCUCUCAUGGCUCUGGAGCAUUGCAUCGCGCCGUUCCUCGAUUCCUGCGACUCCGACAACGACCACAAAAUCACGCUCAAAGAGUGGGGCAAGUGCUUGGAGCUCGAGGAGGAUGAUUUGGAGGAGCAGUGCGACCACUUGGCAGAGGCAGCUGCGGCUGAGAGCGAGGAAUGAAAUUGAUUGGUAGAGAUCGCUCGUAUGUGUGUUUGUGUGCGUGUGUGGAAGGAGGCGAUAUUUCUUGCUUCGCAACGCGCUUAUGCAUCUGAGAGAUCUUUACGUGCAGGGUAAAUUUGUCUAGCCAAGAAUUCUUUUGUACGAUGAUCCGUAUAUAAGUGCAUUUUAAUAUUUUUAUGCUGACAUUUUCAUUCAAGAGCGGUUAAGUCCUAUUUGUCUAUAUAUAUAGUCAAUUUUUAAUCAUGCAUUUUCUAUGCACACCUGCCCUAUUCGUAAUGUCAUAUACUCAUUCGUUUGAUUGCCAAUAUAAUGUAAGCUAUAGAGACCAGUCAUCGUGUAACUGUAUUAUGUAUUUUUUAAAUUUUAUAUUGCAAUACACGCCAUGUAUCAGUGAAUAAAUACUUAUGAUAAAAAUAACGUAUGCUUUUUGCCACGAUACGUGAGAGAAAACUAUUAGUGUAUAUUGUAAGGUUUACGUAAGCUGUUAAAUGGAAUGGAACUGCGGUAUCGAUUAUGUUGCUGGUAACAUGCCUUGAACAAAAGAUUACGUAUAUGGUCGUCUACUAACAUAAUUAUCAUUUGUGAGCAGCGGCUUACAAUUAUUCAUAUAAAAUACUAAACAAUCAACACUCACACUUGCUCUUACGCAAUCAUAUAGUGCGUAGAUACAUUUUUUAAUCAAUACAUCGGCAGAGUUUUAUUUUAUAGAAAACAAUUCAAUAGACGCAUUUGAAUAACGCUUUCCCGCUUUUUAUUGCCAAGAGACGCGCAGUUGUGGUAGCUUGUGACUCUACUACGCACUCAUAUACCGCCUUAUUGUACAGCGGUUUCAUACUAUCGGCAUUGAAAGCUCAAUAUGUUAUAAAAACAGCGCAGACGACGACUUUUUGAAUUGUAAAUCGUUAAUCGAUCGCUGCAUGUUAAAUGUUAAAACACAAUUUUCAGUAUAAAACGCCGAAAAAAACCUGAAAUAUCAAAAAGGUCCCACUAAAAUCAGCCGAAAAAUCCAUCGAUUCCAAAAGCAUACAAACAAAACCGUCUAAAUUCCAUUCCGCAUCUUCCCCGAACCGCCGCUAAACAAAGCGCUGCACACACUAUACAGCCCCCUUGAAGUCCCUAAAAAAUACAUAGCGUGCGUGCGUGCACCGAACGCGUUGUCUCCGCCCAAAGAGCCUCCGAAACUAGCCGCUGGCGGCGCCAGUAUCGAGCUCAAGCUCUCGCGGUCCGUUGACCGCAGCGCGCCCCUUGGCGGGCUUAUACCCGAUGUGCGCGUCGUUCUCUCUCUUUCUCUCUCGCACACUUGGCGUCCUUUCUUUUUCUGCAACUGCGCGCGCGCGUCGCCGAGAGCCACGCGUUGUUGUCGGUCCCUCCCUGAAUGUGUGCGGCGUAUAAGCAGGCGCUUGUAUCGCUUUUUUCACUGGAAUAGAGGCUUUACGGAGAUACCAAGGAACGUAUGCUAUGCCCAUAUACAUGUUUAUUGGUCAAUGUGACCGUCAAAGACGUUAUUCUCGAUGGCCGUUCGCGGUGGGUCGUGUGCGUGUGCUCGCUUCUUCCUUGGGAUAUGUGUUUGUAAUGUGUAUCCUUUAAGCCGUUGGAAAAUUUUUUGCUGUUUUCGCGGAUUUUCGAAUAUUUUUUGUAAUUGUUUCAAUGCUAGGAAGUAUAGAAUAUUCAGGGUAUACUCGUAAUGAUUCGGACAAAUAUUGAAAUAUAAUUGUAGCUUUCCGUCGCUGUUUUUUGCGCAUUUGAAUAUGCUUACUUAUUGCUCGUUUUUUAGGCAUUUAAAUAGCAAUUGAAAUAAAUGACGCAAACAGAGCUGCACGUAGAAGGUAUAAAAUCCAGUAUUAUGUGGUCAAUAUAACUGCACUAAAAAAUAAAUAUAUACUGUAUGAUA